UUAAAACUGACCCGUGAUCCAAUUCUCUCGGCCUAUCACUCCCGACACAGCCGUCCAACGCCACCAACUCCAUCUCAAUGGAUGAAGAAAAGGCCGCGGCCUACUAUGACGAGCUCUCUCGAAAAGGAGGCGGCGCUGCGCGAUUCAAGCAAGGCCUGGGCUUCUCUGCCGCAUCCAGCUCAAACGACGCCGUCCCUUCCGUAGGCUCUGCCAUCCCUUCCGCCGCUUCCUUCCACAGUAAGUUCGUCAGAGAGUCGGCUUCGAAGAAUGAAGAGUCAGAGAAAAAAUAUCAGCUUCACACAAUCCAGAACAAGCUGAAGAAGAAACCUAAAGAAGAAGACAAAUCCAUUUCUGCUUCGAAGGUUUCCAGGGACCGGCAUAAUGACAGUAAAAAUUCGCGCCUUAGCCGUGAAAUUCACACGAACGGAAGAAGCCGGAGUAGAAGCCGAGAGAGGUAUUCUAAGCGCCGGAGCCGGAGUAAAGAUAGGGAGAAGGAUUCAAGUCUUAGAAGCAGGAGCGACAGCUCUAACCAUAGACAUAGGUCUAGAAGUCAAAGUAGAAAUAGAGCUAGAGAGAGGAGGAGGAGGUCAAGUAGUGGUUCAGAUGAAGAGAGGGACAAGAGGAGGAAGAAUAGUAAUGUGUCACCGCCAGAUGGAAGAUCAGGGAAGAAGUCUAAGGCUGGAAAGGGUAGAAAAGACUUUGUUGAUUAUGCCGCGGUGAUUGAGGGGUAUGACAAAAUGACUCCAGCUGAAAGAGUUAAAGCCAAAAUGAAAUUACAGCUAUCUGAAACUGCUGAGAGAGAUGAAGCAAACGGAAUGGGUUCUGGAUGGGAACGUUUCGACUUUAACAAGGAUGCUCCUCUGGAUGAUGAGGAGAUUGAAGUUGCAGAAGAUGAUGCAGUGUUAGUCAAACACAUUGGUCAAACUUUUCGGUUUUCUACAAUGGAGGCUAGAAGGGAAGACCGAAUCAAGGCUGCUCAUGAUGAGGCUAUUUUUGGUUGUUCACGUCAAGACGAGAAUGUUUAUGGAACUGCUUCACAUCCACCUUUCAGUGAGGCAGAUGAUGAAAUAGAAAAAGAGAAUGUCAAAACCCCUGAAAGUGACCCUUUGAUGAAUCUCAUCAGUGACCAGGUGAUGGCAAUGCAAGAGGUUUCAUGGCGUAAUCGUGCCCGUCGAUCUUAAUUGAAAUGUAUUUUGUGUUGGAGAUUUUAGUGUCACCGGCCGUUUUGUGUAAUUGGAAUUGACAUGAGUACCCAUGAGAAUUAGAACUGUGUUCUAAUACAAGCUAGUAGGUGUGGAGUGCACACUUGUAUAUAAGAACGGGUUUUAUUUUAUUCCAAAGUGUCUACGUCUCAAUUCAGAACACUCAGUAGACCAACUAUGUGGUUCUAGACUGAGGUCUAGAGCGGUUGGGCAAUUUUGUGCAUUUUUCCAAAAACUGACAUGAUUAUUCUCAAAUGUGUUGUAACUGUAUGGAACGGUUAAUAUCGAUAUAUAUUACCAUAUUUCGUACAAAGAAGGGAGAGACAAGAGAUACAACA